AGUCCGGUUUUAGGAAACUUGUAUAUAAUGGUAACUGAAGAUGAGGAGCUCAUCAUUCAGUCUACCGUCGUCUGAAAGCGUACCACAAAAUGUUCAAGCUGUUUGUUACCCUCGCUCUGGUCGGCAUUGCUGCUGCUAAACCGAGCUUGACCUUCGGAUAUUCUCCUGUAGCCUACAGUGCUCCAGUUGUAUCCUACUCCGCACCAGCUGUGUCUUACAGUGCUCCCGCCGUAUCCUACACGGCGCCCGCUGUUGCCUAUUCUGCCCCCGUUGCCCGUGUCGCUGCGUAUCAGGCAUAUUCUGCUCCCGUUGCAACCUACCCCGCCUACUCGACAUACUCUGCCUACUCCACGCCUCUCACCUAUGCCAGUGGCUACGGUUAUCCCUCCAGCUACGCUUAUUUGUGGAAACGUAAAUGAAUGAUCCUUGUUCUUCAGUCUUCAAGUCUAUAAUUACAACGUAACAAUACC